AGGUGAGAUAAUAUUUCUUGAUACCACAUAAAUUGUAUGUGUUUAAGCCUAACUUUUAUUAAAUUUAAAAGUGAAUACGAAUCUUGAAAAGCAAAAUGGUAAAAGACGAUGAUAGAAAAGUUUUAUGGUGUGGUAAUCUGUCUGAAAAGGUUUCUGAAGAUAUGUUGUAUGAGUUAUUUUUACAGGCUGGACCUUUGGAAGGGGUAACUGUACCAAAGGAUAGAGAAGGAAAAAGAAGACCUUAUGCUUUUAUUACAUUUAAACAUGAAGAAUCAGUGCCAUAUACAAUGGCUCUUUUGGAUGGAAUUAAAUUGUUUGGAAGGCAGUUAAGGUUGCAGCAUAGGUCUGGAAGUGAUACAAAGCAAAAUAAAUAUUUAUUAACAAUGGAAGCACAUCAGCGUUCUCUUUACCUUGCUGACUAUACAAAAUCUAGAGAUAGUGGAACUGGUGUAGUACAAAAAACUUUCAGUCUUUUUCUCCAGCCAGUCAUCAUCAUCAUGUGCCUGGCAGACAUAAAAGAUAUGAAAAAAAUUAUCAAGAUUCACAUUUGAAAAUGCCCGAUUUUGUUGAUGAGCAACACAUUAAUGAUGCUCAAAGUCAUAUCACUCAAAAGGAUAUUCGGGGUAUCUCAAAAUUAAGAUGCGAUAUAAAUCAAGGACAAAGGUACAAUACAAUACAAGGCAUUGGUCGAAAUUCCUCUCAUGUAGGUGAUUUUCAGCAGAUUAAUACUACCACAUUUGGUCAGAUGUCAGUAAAUCCCCAUCUUCAGAUGUUGCAUCAUGAUCCAAUGCAAUUGUUUCAUUUUCAGAACUUACAGUACAAUAGGAGUGGAAUUCCCAUAGCUGCUUCUCAUGGAAUAAGAUCAGCAUUCAGGCAGGGUCCUGUUUAAAUAAUUCUACUGAGUCCCUCCUGUUAGAAGUGACCUUCAAAAUUACCAAAAAAUAAAUGCACAAUGAUAAAACCAUUUGUUUUUAGCUGAUAAAUUUUACACAACCAUAUUUUAUAAUUCUUUUAGAAAUCAUCUUCAUCAUAAUGUGUACAUCUUGGAUAGCUAAUUUAGCAGUACUCGCUACAUUGCAUACUCAUUUAAGUAUAUUAUGAUUGUAUAGAUUGAAGUGUUUUGUAAUAUCAAAAAAUAAAAGUUUACAGCACUGAUAACUAUUUUUACAUAGUCUUGAGAUCAUAUAUCGAGGUUUUUACCAGUAACAGUUCAGUUCCUGUAGAUGAUAAAUAUUUGGAGGUUUAAUUGGCAUACAAGUCAUAAAUGACAUUUGUAUAAUCUAAAUUGUACGUGAUUGUAUCUUAAAUAUACAUUGAAGCAUUUUUAUGUUAGUUUUAAGUCAUAAGGAAAUAACUUAGAACUUUUGUCAUGUGUUGCAAUUUGAAAUGAAACUACUAUGUUUUAAUAAUGUUUUUCUGUCACUUUGGUGGUAUGGGGGAUUUUGAUUUUUUUGUGUGUAGGUAGUUAUUAAUAUAGACCUUAUACAUUUAUUAGUGUUAGAAUUGUGCAAAAAUAGUUUCAUAUAUAACAAGUUUGUAUAAAAAUGAUUUGUUCUCAGCGUAAUAAUGAAGUCUUUUUACCACAUACUGAUAUUUGUAUGUGAAUUAAUUAAGAGGGGGUGGGGAGACAAUGAAGCAUCUUAUGAUUCUUUGUGUACAGUAGGAAUAUGAUGUUUUUAAGGAAUUUGCAUUCUAUCAUGUGGUCAAAAAACAUAUUACAUUAAAAUUGGUUAUUUAAUCUUAUUUUAAAAUUUUUUUGGAAA